UCGUAUACUUACCCCAUAGAUUGUUCAUCAACUAUACCGAUGAAAGUUUGUUUAAUUCUACUAAAUUUGAAAUGAAUCUUCAAGCUUCGUCUUUCAAAAAAACAUUCCCAUCGAAGAAUAUAUAUAUUCGAUAAUGUGCUAUGAAAAGCUUUACAUACCUACCUACAGUUUAUGUUAUAUAUCGUGUUUGGAUUGGUUUUUAAAUAUGAUUGAGAGUGCCCCCAAAUCGAUGCUCGAUGUAUUCAUGAAUAGCAGCGACGAUGAGGAAGAUGAUCAUGAUCAAAUUUAUCACUUGCGAAAAAGUAUGCUUGUAGUGUGUAUGUUAGUAAUGAUGAUGAUGGCAAUUUUGAUUACUCUACCCCAUAUCGACGAUUUCAUUUAUGAAAUGUUAGUUGGUGAAUACGAAGAUGAAAGUGAUGAUGAAAACGAGCACCGUCAGCCUCAGCAUUGACUCGAGCAUACCUACAAAAUGAUAAAACAUCUCGGAAGGUAUAGGUAUAGGUAAUACGCUGAAAACAAUUACCUAAAACACAUUGUUACCGCUCUUCACUUGAAAAAAAAGUAAGCGGAUUUCUCUGAGCAGUAAGUAACGGAUUUGAUCUGAAUUUUUUUUCUUUUUUCAAAACCAGGAAGACUCUUAGAAUAGUCUACCACAAAAUUUGUAGCGGUCCAAUUCCAAAACUACGGGUACCACAGUGGUUCAAAAGUCUCAAAAUCUCAAUUUUUGGUCAAUUUCACAAAAAUAAAAAAAAUACUAGAAAAAAUGAAAAAAUGUACCUGAAUGAUUGAUUUCCAUAAUAUUAUUUUAAGCAUAAAAAAGUCAUAGGGUCCUAGGGUAUUUUUUGGCUUCACAAAAAAAGUAGGAAAGUCUCCUCUUCUAGGAAAAUUUUAUACCAUGGAUUGGAUAAGUAAGUAGUACAUAUGUUUUUUGUUCGAGUUAGAAUUCUGAAUAAAAAAAAUAAAAUGAAUAAUUCUGAAAAAAUAUCAAAAUUCAAAAUGUUAUUUUUGAAAGUUUGACAUGAAAUCAUUCUUUUAAUUAAUGUAAUUUUUUAAAACCCAGAUUUAUUAUUAUUUUUUUGACAUUUUCGAAAGUCCGACAUAUUAAUUAAUCAAUAAUUAGGUAUAGGUACCUAUUACGAAUUCGAAGAUCGCUUUUCUUCAAGUUUUCAAGAGUGAUAUUAUGUAAAUCAGAAUGUCAGAAAUUGGCCAUUUUAAUUUUUUUUGUUUCCGAAAGUCUGACACAAUGUGAAUAAAUCAUCGUAUUUUUUUGAUUAAAUUUUUUUCCAAGUUUUAUGUAGAAUUCAGACAUUAAGAAUUCAACAAUUGACGGGUCUCUUUGAAGAACAACCAUUGUCCAUGAAAUGAAAGGCUGAAUUCGGGAAAUUGAAAUUAGAUUCUGGUGCUGAUGAUUGUUCUCCAAAGUCCAAAUUUGCUAAAUAAAAAAAACUUCAAUAAGUAAGAAUUUAAAAUUUUUUAAAAAUAUUGCUUGUUUGCCUUUGAAAAUGUAGACUAUGAAUAUUCUUUAAACAAAAUCCUUGUUUCACGAAAAAAACAAAAAAGGUUCAAAUUUAAUUUUAAAAUGAUAUAAUUAUUUCAUCGUUUGUUUCGUGAAAUUUAUUUUUUAAAAAUUACACUUUUAAAAAAAUUCCUAAUUACUUAAUUUUUAACUGGUUUUGACAAAAAAAUUAAAAAAUUAAAAAAAAUAAAAAAGUGUCUAAAACAGUGAAUUAAUGAUUCCUAUAAUUUUUCAGAAAUUUUCCUGCCUAAAAAAUUCUAUUUUGGACGCACAGUCUUGAAAUCGUGCCCCAACUCCGAGAAACUCAAAUUCUGACUAGAACAGCCAAUUCCCAUUUCCCAAAUUUGUUGCUGCCUCAUCGCAUUUUUCGAUCAUUUUCGGGAUAUAGAAGUUAAGGUUCAAAAAAUACCUAGGCACGUUAUUUCAACUUUUUUCUCACGGAAUUGGCCAAAAAUUAAAGUUUUCAGACCUAUGGACCCUUGUGGGACCCGAAAUUUUAGGAUUGGACUACUACAACUUUUGUGGUAGACUAUUCUAAGAGUCUUUCUGGUUUUGAAAAAAGAAAAAAAUUUCAGAUCAAAUCCGUUACUUACUGCUCAGUGCUCACUCUCGAAGUUCUCUUGUCAAAAAAAGUGAAAAAAAAAAGGUAUACAAUACAACGAUAACGAACGGUUUUUUUUGGCAAGAUGUCGUCGUCAACACAAUCACUCGACUAGAAAAAAAUCACAACUUGAUUUUUUUGAAGCAUUCAGCGAAAUUUUAAAUCGCACUGGAGGGGUUAAAAAAAUAAACUCCUAUAGGACGCUAUCUCGACCAUUAUGGGAAAUUAUUGUGAAAUUCCAGAAAUGUUAGAAUAAAAAUAAACUUUGUACCUCCAGAUAACGAUUUUAAAUUCCUGAAGAAAUUUGAAAACUCGUUGGAGGCUUCAAAAUGGUCAACUUGCGAGUGUUUUUGAGUCCGGUAUUUACGUAGAUCUGCUAGGCAAUCUUUCCAGCAAAAAAAAACCACUCGUUAUAACCUUCUUCAGAAAUUUUAUUUUUUUUCACUUUUUUCUGGAAUUUACAAAAUUUGUCAACAAUUUACUUUUCAACUAUAUUUCCUGGAAUUUCGCUGUAACCACCUAAAAUGAUCUAGAGGGUGCCUAAAAAGCAUCGACCAAUAUUAUAGGAUCCAAAGUUAAUUUCCAAUCCAUCGAGUGACAGAUUUAUAAUUUUUGGAGAAAAUUGAAAAAUCAUUCGAGGCUCCAAAAUGGCUCAAAACUAAUUGAAUCAUGUGUUCAUAUCGGUUCUCUCAGCUUAAAAAAUUUAUAUUUCAUGAAAAAAUGAAAAAAUAAAACCUUGCCCUUAAAACUGUUUUUUUGAAUUUUCAAAUUUUGUUUAAAAUUUCAAAAUGAACUGUAGCAUUAGAAAUUUUACUUACGAGGGUUUUAGGAUAUGCUUUUUCGAUCUAGCUCGGUUUCGUAUUUGUUUAAAUCAGAGGCCGCCUAUUCAAAAAGUUUCAUUCAUUUAGCAUCAAUGGUUGGAAAAAUGCUAACUAUCGAACCGAAGUGAAGAUGAACAUGAGAAAAAAUGUCACGCUAGCUUGACCUUUUCCCUUGAACUAGGAAAAUCAGAAAAUCAAUUUCUUUCAAUGUAAUGUUUCUCAUGUUUUCUUUACUGCUGGAAUUCUAUUUCAUCUCCUAUUCUGUCCUUGAAUUUCAAAAAAGUAUUUUGUAAUUUUAUUUUAUUCAAUACAGGCAUAUAAACGCACAAUUAUACCACCAAUACUAGACGCGAAAAGUGCGUUUUUAUGAGCGACUAAAUGAAACGAAAAUAAUGUUCACAUUAUUGUCCUAGGAAAAUAAUAAACAUUCAUUACGUGGCCGCACUGCUUGAAUCCUAUUGUUUGGGAUGACGCGGAAGGUGACGAAGUCCGAUUAUUACGGGGAAAAAAUUGUAGCAGAAACAGGAGAUUAGCGUUGUCGAAUAUCCGGAUACUCGGAAAUUCGGAUUUCUCCAAAAUCAUCAUCCGGAUAUCCGGAUGCAUCCGGAUUGUCGCUAUCAUUCCGAGUUUUCUCUUGCGAUGAAGUGAUAAGCGAUUUUUAAAUUUUGAAAAAAUUCAUUCUGUGGAUUUUUCACAACCUUAUCUUUUGUAUUUGGCAUAUCCGAGUGCAAUCCGGGUAUCCGGAUACACUUCGGAUCCGGAUUAAUAAUUCGUUUGUAUCCGGAUGCAUCCGGAUAUUCGACAUCGCUACAGGAGAUCCUCCACCUCCACGCCCUAAGCUUGUUUUCCUUUAAUCAUUUCGGCUACACACUUUAUCUGCGAGUAUGCACUACGCAUACUUCGGUUGUCGUGUCGACUCAUAAAAACGCUUCUUCACGUCUAAACAUUGAUGGUAUAAUUGUGUAUAUUUAUAUGCAUGUAUUGAAUAAAAUACAUUACACACACAAGUUCAAAAAAUGUGGGUGAUUAUAAACUCGUACGCGAAUUGCAGUCCUCGCCUUCGGCUCGUCCUGCAAUUCGCACUCGUUUAUAAUCACCCACAUUAUUGAACUUGGUAUGUAAUAUACUAUUACGUAAUACACACUCGUAAUCUCAUCAUUACACCUCUGUCACUAGAUGCAAAAUGUACGUCAUUAUGAGCGACCUAAUGCCGGGUCAAACACGUACGUAAUAGCCGUAUUAUGUACGUGGUGUUAUGUGGCAACACCGCGAAACUCCUCAUUACGUACGCGUUACGUUUGGACAUAAUUUAACUGGUGAAGUUUGGUUAGUUUGGUCACUCGUAAAGACGCACAUUUUUUGCAUCUAAACAACAGAAGUGUAAAAUGGUGAGGUUACGAGUGUUUAUUAUGUAAAGCACCUUACAUUACGCGAUUAAUAAAGUGUGUGAUUAUGAACUCGAGCAAAGUUACAGCGCUCGUCUUCGACUCGCGCAGUAACUUUGCACUCGUUCAUAAUCACCCACAUUAUUAAUCUAGUAAUGUAAUGUACUAUUAGACUCGUGCAAGACGAAUAUUCCAAUGUGAUUUUAUAUUGUUGAAAAGUGUUGAGCUCAACGUUGAGUGUACCUUGAAUUGUAUUUUCUCCAAGUACUUUUGAGUAAUUGAAAGCAAAUUUUGGCUCAUGAACUCGAUAAAUUUUACGUGAUUCAUUUUUGUUUGUUUGUUUUUUCUUGUAUGUAUUAUAAAUGUACUUUACCUAUGUAUUUAUAUUUUGAAUUGAAAUAAUUGUUUCGUUUCUACUGAAAAAAAUAAAAUAAAAUUUCAAUUUA